ACGUCCAAUUUGAGGUCAAAAAUCUUUUGUGCAGGCUAACGCUGGUCACGUUUCCGGGUGGAUGGCCACCUUUUUCAGUGUUGUUUCAGGAGAAAUAAAAAUGCCAUUCAGAAUGAUGAGUUCCACCUUUUGCAAGUUUCUUUCACCCAUCCGAAGCAGGACAUCAUUUGCCAGAAGCACCGUGCGUGUCUCAACUGCGGGUCCUGGUGGGAUAAAUCCAACAUCGCUGGGUGUAGCUCCUUACAAAAACCGCUCAAUGUUGCCCAGUUUCAGUUUGUUUUCACGUACGUGUUCAACCCAGUCUACCACUGCCUACUUCGCCCCGCCUACACUAAAGAGAAAGGAGGCGUUGCUUGACGACUAUGGCUUCAAGUUAAAUGAUGUGAAGAUGGACGAUAUCAAAGUGGACAUCGACAACAAGCAGCUCCUCGUGUCCUGGACAAACGGAAAAACCCAGAUCUAUCCCUUCGUCUGGCUUCGCGACAACUGCCGAUGCAGCGAGUGUUUCCACCCCGAAGCCUUAAAUCGCUUGAUACAACUUCACCAGAUUGACGUGGAUGUCGUGGCUAAAUCAGUUGACAUCUCCCCCAACGGCAAGACCCUGACAAUCCAUUGGGAAGGGGAUGGUCACCAAAGCCAAUUCCCGUCCAACUGGCUGCUCCUGUAUCGCUUCGAGGAUUCACAUGACGACCGGCUUCUCAAUCCCAAAGUUCAGUUUUGGGGGUCUGACGUUGACUUCCGGAGGUUUGAUUUUGGCGAUCUGCUUGCCGAUGAUGGGGCCCUCUACGACUGGCUGACGGAGCUGGUGACUCUAGGCAUCGCGGUAGUGAAGGACGCUCCACGUGAACUCGGCCAGCUGCAGAAACUUGCUGCGAGAGUAGCUUUCAUCCGGCCAUUUGUUUAUGGACUGACUUGCCACGUGAAAUCGCCGAAUCCGAAUCCUCUGCACAGUGCCUACACUACCGUUCCCAUGGCAAUGCAUACGGACAUUGCUUACUACAUGCGUGAAGCAGGGAUCGUGAUGCUGCACUGCAUACAAGAGGCCGAGGGAACGGAUGGGGAGAGUCUCAUCUCCGAUGGUUUCAAAGUUGCCUUGGACCUUAAACGGGCCGACCCGGAGGCAUUUCAGCUCCUCUCCAAAUACCAGUUCGAAUUCUUCGACACUGGGAGAGAAGACCAUGGUGAAUUCCAUACACACGCUCGACACAAAACCAUCAAGCUUGACGACCGUGGUGAAAUUGAGGCCGUGGCAUUCAGCGAUCACAGCCGGGAUGCCAUGCUUCGUGUUCCCGUUAACAAGGUCCUGCCGAUAUACCGGGCCCUCAGCAAGUUUUACGACAUGCUCCUUGCUUCGGAAAACUGCCUCAAGUACAAACUUAAAGCAGGAGAAAUCAUGACUCUCAACAACCAACGAGCCCUACAUGGCCGCAGCGCCUUCCAAGGUAGCCGCCAUCUUGAAGUUGGGUACAUGGAAUGGGACGAGGUCAAUUCUCGUAUCCGUGUUCUUGCAAAGAAUCUUCAAAAUCAACCAUGAACGAAGCAUCCAUGUGAAGGCCUAGAUGUUCUUUUUUUGUUUUAUAAAUACGAAUAAUAAAGGCCUAUCCUGGGUUUUUUUUGUCCCUUCUAAUUAUAAUUAGAAAUGUUAUCACUGCAUUAAAUCUCCUUUUCACGAAAAUUAGCCACUCUGAUGAACACCUGAAUAUUUAUUUCGGCUCUUCAAAUAUACAGGUCAAAUGUCACGCACUUUGAGAUCAUUAGAGGUCACAAUGCACUUAAAAUGCCUUUCCAUCAUUUUACUCUGAAUCUGUUUGCGUUAUAUAUCUGGAAGUUCAAUCUUGAGGGGGGUUCACGAAUUGAAAGCCGAUUGAAUAAAUGUAUUUUGUUAUUGCGGUUUUUUAAUAUUGCGGUUUUUUAACUACUUUUUUAAUACCGAUAAUAGGCCUAUGAUUGUAUUUUAAUUAUAAUGUUUGUAAAUUUUGGUCGAACAAAUUAAUAUGACUUUCCCUUAGAUUUAGACAGGCUAUUGUAUACAUUUAUUUUAUUACACAUUUUUAAAACCUAACAAAUUAUAUUAUCCAAGAGUACAUUCUUUCUCUAUACAGGUACCGGUUAUUUGGACCUUGUUUAUUACCUCAUCCUUUGUUUUGCGCCUUGCAAUUGAAUUAUUCAAUUUUCAAUUGAGUUAUUACAUUUUAUGGCCCAGACUGGCCAUUUUUUGUGGGAUGUGAUGAUCUCUAAUUUUGUACAUCAUUAUCAUAUUUUCUGUCAUUUGAUAAAUCAAAUCAAAAGAGGUGUAUACACAUCAAAGAACUCGUGAAAACGCACAGUCAUAUUUUACAUAACUCUCGAGGACAAUGCAUUGUCUUUCCUUUUGUCUCUGUAAUUAUAUAACACUCUUUCAUAGACUAAGCACAUGAACCCACACGUCGAGGACCGUUUCAACAAAAGAUACACGCUCGAGGACAACCUUUGUCCGUCUGUCCUCGGGGUGCAUGUAGCACACAAACACCCUUACAAACUCACGCCUGUUUACGUUGCAUACGUAGUGUGGACAUUCCUUUGUUUUCGUGUAGUUAAGAAAAACCUGUGAAAAAAACUCAUUUUACUCACACUGUGAAAAUCCUUGCAACCAAUUUUUUUUUCCUAUGAUUCCCUUUAGUGUUUCUCUUCAUUUUGCCACGGAUAAACCUGAUUCAAAAUGCCUCUAAACCUGUUUCCCAUGAGAAGGAGAAACACUGUGGAUGUGGGCAAAUCCACACAACGUCGCUGCUACCUGGUUUAUGUGGACCUCUUUUGUGGACCUCUUUUGCUCAGUGAAAGUAAUGCUUGUACUCUUAAGAGAUAUGUCACAUGUUGCUUACACUUCACCAUGCAAACCUUCAAAUCAUAUGAGACUUGAGGGUUUGCAUGGAGGAAAGAUCAAUAAGUGAGAGGUUUGCGGUAACACCUUGUGGAAAUAUCUCUUUUGUGAGUAUGGGUGGUUCUGAAGAUAACCUGUUGGAUUAACUCGACGUUCCAAAUCAUAAUAAACACUUUUGAAAUAUUUUUGUUUAUGUCUUGUAAACUUUUAAUUAAAUUGUUUAUGUUGAUAUCAAUAACAUUAACGACAUUGCAUUAUCUAUUUUAACCAACUGUUGUUACUCAUAACGAGUCGUGCAUAAAUAGCAAUACAUGUGCUGUUUUUUUUUCAUUUCAUGCUGAUUUUUUUUCAAAGAGUAAAAAUGUACAGAAUAAAAUAAUGACAUAAUCCAAAUAAAAAUGUGUCCUCUUUCUUUUGGCGGGAAAAUAUUUCGGAACCGCGUCAAUUUUUCUGCGCCAAACCGGUUCUUUUAAAAAUAUUUUUAGCCUGGGCUUUCAAUAAUACAACAAAGUGUGAGGCCAAAGUUUGGAGUUUAUUUUGUUGGUUCUGACCACGUCACACGUUCAAAAUGAUUCUGGAGCCGUAGAUGGAGCCAAUGUCGGGGACGAUGCCGAGAUUUGGGAAAUGCCCCUACUGAUGAUGACCAGCUGGGCUCAAUUUCACGGCGCUGCUAAGCACAAACAAUUGCUCAGCACAAAAAAGUCUGGCUUAUAUAAGCAGGUGUCGUGGUUAUGUCUGUUUUGCGACAUAACAUAUAUAGGGAGAGAUGUUAUUAAAAAAAAUUGUAAGUUCUUAAGUUGUCAGAAUU